AUGCCAGCGAUGGAGCCCCAAGCAGAAGAACUGCAGGGCGCCCUGCGGAAGCUGGAGACAUUGCAGCAGCAACAGGAAGAGUCGGCAGCUGGUCUCCAGCUGCUGGCCACCCAACACCGCGACUGGCAAGCAGCCGUGGCAGAGUUGUUGGGCCAGGUCGAGUCUUCACUGCGGGAUGAUGCGUCGGAUUCGACCCCGAUGGCUGCACGCCCGGUUUGCAAGGAGGCCAGCAUGGCACUCUCGGCCCGCCCCUCGUUCCGCUCAGUACGUUCCUCGGUCGUCUCCAGCGAGCUGAAUGACCCGAUUCCACGAGAGACGGAGUCCGUCCAGCUGGAGGACUUGGAUGAGAGGGGGAAGUUCACCCGACUCAAUGCGGUGUCCUUCUUAAGGAAGGGACCCCAGAUGCCCUCUACUCACAAACUAGUAGGGAGGGGGCCUUUGUCGAAGCUGGUCUUGGAAUUCAUGCCAGACGCCGCAGAGAACCUACCUCUCGUGCCCCUUAGAGGCUGGAGUUGGCUGAGACAGACUGCUCGCGAACUUGUGAAGUCUCGGUGGUUCGAGACCUUGGCGGGCCUGAUCAUCCUGCUGAAUCUGAUCACGAUCGGAGCAGAAGCUCAGCUUUCUUUGGACAGGGAAGCGAAUGCGGACGCUUUGUACUUCCUCGGCAUCCUGGAGCAGGUGUUCCUCAUCAUCUACAGCUUAGAAGUGAUCCUCCGAGUGAUGGCCGUAGGAUGGUCUGUAUUCUGUGACCUCUGGUUUCUGAUGGACUUGGCCCUGGUUUCGAUCGGCAUCCUAGCGCUGGUCGUCUUCCCAGGAAUGUACACAAUUGGUUUGGACCUUCCUCUAGAAGGUUUCGAAACAUUCCUCGUGGUGCGUGGGCUGCGCUUACUGCGGCUGUUUCGUGCAAUGCGCACUUUUCGGUACUUCAAAAUCAUGUGGCGACUGGUAUAUGCCCUGCUUUCCUGCGGCCAAACCAUCCUCUCCACGACUCUGUUGAUCGUUGUUUUUCUCUUCAUCUGCGCGUGUGUUGCCAUCGAGAUCAUUGCGAAGGACAAGACUCUGCUCGCAAAUGAAACCACUGCCAAGAUCAUUGAAGACAACUUUUUUGGGCUGUUCAAGGCUGCACUGACCUUUCUUCAGUUCGUCACCUUGGACUCCAUCGCUGCAAUCUAUUUCCCUUUGAUCAUGUCCAAGCCGGAGCUGUUUGCCUUUUUUGCACCCAUCCUCAUGUUCAUCUCGAUCGGCUUGAUGAACUUGGUUACUGCAGCAUUGGUAGAGAAUGCGAUGGAGCAAACGGCCAACCAAGCUGAUGAAGACAAGAAAGAGCUGCAGCAACAGCUGAAACGAGCUAUCCCGGCCCUCAUCGAAGUAUUUCACGACCUAGACAAAGACCAGAACGGCAUGCUGACUUACGAGGAGCUGCAGGAUGUUCCCAUGGAGGAUUUUGUUCCUGGUCGGCUGAUGGAGUCUAUCCAUGUGGAGACGAUGGCAGAUUUCUUCCAUUAUCUGGAUGUGGAUGGGUCUGGCAACGUGAGUCAGACCGAGUUCGUAGAGGGGCUGCUGAACCUCUGCCUCCAGGACGUGCCAAUCUGGACCAUUCAGACGCUGAAACUUCUCCGACGAAUUCAUGGACAAGUUCAUUCGCUGCAGAAUGACAUCUCGGCCAUGAAGCAGUGGAGAUACUGA